AUGGGCUUGUUCAAGCGCAACUCCAAAAACUCCGUGCAGAGCGACAGGGAUGAGCAGGAGUCAUUCGUUUCUGUCAACAGUGCCCGAACCUCCAACACUUCUAUCCGAUCCCCUGGAUACAAGGGCAGUGGCAUACCGGCUUCCAUCCCCGAGAUGCCCAUUGCGAAACCGCCUGACCCGGCAUUGGACCCCGCCGCCUAUCUCCGCAGCAUUCACGCCGUGCGCGAGCGCGCUAAUAUUGUCCUCGAUGCGGCCAAGCGCAACCAGUUGAACCAUUUUGAUGUUGACAUGAGCAAAUUCAAGGCGACGGCGCAAUAUGUUGUGUCUAUUAUCAAGCGAGACUAUGCUCCCGAUUAUCAGAAUAUCCCUCCGCACGGUCGUUGGCAACACUUUGACGUCGGUGGUAGACCUCGGAUCAACCAAUUGCUUCAGUCUUGGCCUAGUAGUAUUGACUCGCAAGAACGUACUCGCCGGCUGAUCGAUUUGUUCGUGGUUUCUGUGCUACUUGACGCCGGUGCCGGCACCAAGUGGUCAUAUAAGUCCAAGGAAUCUGGCAAAGUGUAUUCGCGUAGCGAAGGGUUGGCCGUCGCGAGUCUGGAAAUGUUCAAGUCUGGUCUUUUCAGCAGCGAUCCAACGGAGCCAUGUCAAGUCGAUGGGGCGGGCCUCAAGAAGGUUACCGUUGAGAAGUUGGCAAAGGGGAUGCAGCAUUCAGAGCAGAACUCGCUGGCCGGUAUUGAGGGACGUGCUGGGCUAUUGGUGCGCUUGUCGGAGGCACUUAACAACCAAGACUUUUUCGGCGUGGAUGCAAGACCUGGAAAUAUGCUAGAUUAUUUGCUCGGACACCCAUCGACACUCGCUUCUUCGGUGCCUAUCGUUCCUAUCACUACGCUGUGGUCUGUUCUAAUGGACGGCUUUUCCUCCAUUUGGCCACCUUCACGGACACAGAUUGAUGGCGUAGCCAUUGGCGAUGCCUGGCCGAGCUCACUCCUUCCCCAAUCUCCACCCGCUCCUGCAUGGGAAAACAUCAUCCCAUUCCACAAGUUGACGCAAUGGCUUUGCUAUUCGAUCAUGGUGCCCAUGUCCAAGCUGAUGGCCAUUCAUUUCGCCGGUAGCGACCUCUUGACUGGUCUUCCCGAGUACCGUAAUGGCGGUCUUCUAAUUGAUAUGGGUCUUUUGAGCAUGAAAGAAGCUGAUAUGGAGCGUGGUCUCCGAUCAUUCAGGGAGAAUGCCCAAAUCAAGGGACAGCCUAAUAUGGAGGUUGUGCCUUUGUUCUCGACAGAUGACGAUGUCAUUGUGGAAUGGAGGGCUGCCACAGUUGGCUUCUUGGAUGAGCUCCUAGACGAGGUUAACACUCAGUUGGGACUCACUGGCGCAGAGGAACAGCUCACUCUGGCACAGAUGCUAGAGGCUGGAACAUGGAAGGGUGGACGUGAAAUCGCCGAAGUCUCCAGGCCAAACACCAAGGAGCCGCCUAUUAUGAUCCGCUCCGAUGGCACCGUCUUCUAA